UUUUACCAGCUUCAGCAGAUUUUUGAGUUUGCUCAACUUAUUAUAAUUUUUUUUUACAGUGUUCACUCAAUUUCUUAAACUGGCAUUACCAACGGUUUAGAAUAAUAUUUCUAAUAUUUAAAAAAAAAAUUCACUCAAUAAUAAUUUGCCCAAAAAAGAAAAUUCAGUCAUUAUUUACUCACCCUCAUAUCAUUACAAACUUGUGUAAACGGUAAAUUUUCUUAAUUUCUGUAUGCAUACAGUUUAUAAUGUGUGUUAAUCUACAAAAAGUUAUUGUACUGAGCAGAGCUGCAUCAGUUUCUGAAUCUGAAUGCAAAAGAUUUCAGAAGAUUAUCAGUGAAUAAUGACUUAAAUAUGUUAUGCCUUUUUGGAGUUUGACAGAUGUUCUCAUUAUAAACUAUGAAGGAAAACAUAACAGAAAGGGUGUACAGAUCAGAUGUGUGGAGUGUGUGUACAUGUGUGUGUACAUCAUGUCUCCGUGAGUAAGACUAUCUGCACUCUGAAGCACUAAAUUGGGUAACAGCUGUUGUGUGAGAUCAGUGCGAGAGCCACGAGUCCGGAGCGCCAGAUCAUUAUAAACACGCUCUCUUCAUCUAUUUGGCGGGUAAUUCUGGAAAGAAGCGAUGGCCCGUAAAUAUAGCAGGAAAGAGUAUCUGUCAGUCAAGGACCUGGAGAAAGUUUUGGACUCGUGUAAGUUAAACUUGCAUCAAAUCGAUGAGGUCUGGCCAAACCUGUACAUCGGGAACGUAGGAAUAGCACAGAACCGAAGCGCCCUGCAGAAACUCGGCAUCACUCACAUUCUGAACGCCGCUCACUCCAAGAGAGGAAGCAUCGGGGACCAAAACUACUACGGCACUAGUUUUGUGUACUGCGGGAUCCCCGCUGAAGACUCCACACACUUCGAUUUGGACGUUUACUUCAAACCGGCAGCAGAUUUCAUUCACAAAGCUCUCAACACUGCUGACGGAAAAGUUCUGGUGCACUGCAUCAUGGGAAUGAGCCGCUCCUCGUCGCUGGUGCUGGCGUACCUGAUGCUCUAUCAUGACAUGCCUCUGCACACGGCCUUACGGCGCGUCGUCCAGAAACGGGCCAUCUAUCCCAACAGGAACUUCCUGGCUCUGCUGCUGGACCUGGACCUGCAGAGGAAGAAGAAACACAGACGAUGUGUCCUGCUCUGAGCAAACAGCUACGGGACUGAUCACGUGAUGAACGAUCGUAACCAGGCCACAUGCGACAAGUGCUUUGAUUCUUCACACUGAAAGCGAAAACAUAAAUGUAAUCAAUAUGUGAUGCUUACAGUAACGUGGAGCUGGAAUUUGGACCAAUGAGAUCGGAUUGUGGGCGGAGCUUAAUAAUAAUUAAUUACAUUUAUAUAGCGCUUUUCUGCUUUUUCUAAGCACUCAAAGCGCUCUACAAUGUCAGGGGGAUCUCCUCAUCCACCACUAGCUUAUGCAAAAGAAAAAGUUAUUUUCUUUUCUUAAAGGGAUAGUUUACCAAAAAAUGACAAUUUGCUGAAUAUGUCCUCACUCUCAGGUCAUCCAAGAUUAGGAUGAGUUUGUUUCUUCAUCAGAUU